AUAGUCCUCGAAUCAGGAUCUAAAAGUGCAUCAGCAACAAAGUCGCUUCGUUGCUUCGAACUCUGAACUCUGUGCGUGGCAUGCCACAUGCCACAUGCUCAUGCUGACACGCUCGCUUAUGCUGCUGUGUUGCUGGUGUGGAAGCAAUAAAAGCUGUAAUUAGUGUUCGCUUGUGGAUUUUCGAAAUUUAAUUAGGAAGCAACAUGGCGAGAGAAGUGGCAAAGUGCAAAAUGUGAGAAAUAAAUAAAGAGUUGCAACAAAACACAAUACGGACACACACACAACCGACCCUCAACAACUUUGUGGAAUUACAAUUUUCGAAUCAAAUUAAUGUUCUUAAAACCGCAGACACUAAUCCGAUUGUGAUGCCAGUUUCAUUGGCAUUCAAAUCAAAUUAAACGCAAAAGCGGUGUGCUCUUCUGGUCGAUUGCAUUGGCGUUUGUGGGAAAUAUUCCCCUAAAGAACGAGUCAAGAUUGCAGCGUCCCAUCCUGCUGAUUGCUAUGGAUUCCGAGUGAACAGAGAAAGCGUCAAAUCCUGCCAACUUGGCCCCACAAUGAAUGUCGGCGCGAUUUAAGUGUCGUCACUAUACUGAAAGCGGCAGGCCCUAAAGAAACCAAAGCCGGAACGUGACUUUUGCCAAAAGUAAAUUGAGCCACCGGCCACCGCAGUGAUAAAAGGUGCCAUGCCAACCUGCGAAUUUCGCUAGGAUUCGCGCAGUCAAAGAGAUAAAGGAUCUGUAUAUGCGCUACGUGCUGCCCAUGGCACCCACUCUGGGUGCAUCAGCAAAAGCCACAGAGACAGCCACAGCCUCAGCGAUGAACAGGGAUGACAGUGGGCGACAUCUUUCGCAGUCGCAUGCCCGGAUUCUGGUCCUGGUCCUGCUCCUGCUGCUACUGGCGAUUGGUGCCACUGCAGCACCAGCAGCGGAUCCCCAGCGUUGUGCACACAAGGGCAUAGUGGAGCUGAUUCGCACGAGUCCUGUGAUUGUAAAGGCCCUCGCAGCCCGUGUCUUCACCGAUGCGGAGCUUGACGAUGGGCCGGGGGACACUGCAACUAAGCUGUCCUCCGGUAUUUUAAUAACAUUAACCCCCGAAACGAUAUACAAAGGAGCCUCUUUGCUGAAAAUGGCCAAUGGCGCCAGCGGCGGAGAGGCCACACUGUCGAUUCGGGCUUCGGGAGGAGGGAUGUCCAGCAGCGGCGGCCAUCCCAGUGGGGGAAGUGCCAAUGGAUCCGGUGGUGGCAGCGCUUGGAGUGGCACUGAGUCAGCGUUUCAGUACGAGGGCCAGCUGAAUGCAACAAUCCAGCCGCUGCGCUGCUUCGAUGCUAAUAUGCUCAAAAUGCUGCCAACGGAAUUAAUUGCCUUUGGCAAAUUGUUGCCUGCCGCAGCAGCAGCCACCAGCUCUGGCCGACAGUUGCCACGACCGCCUGCCGCAGGGGCCACUGAUGUUCUGCACAUCAGCAUCAACGGGUUGCAUCGCUGGACACCGCAGUUCGAGAAUCAUAUCUGGAAGCAUUUGGGCUGGGAUGAUUGGAGCGACUUCACCCUGUGCAGCGUCACCUGCGGCAAGGGGGUUCAGCAGCGAUUCCGCCGCUGCCUGCUGGACAAUCCGCUGGUGGACAUGAAUAUGAAUUUGAACAUGAACCUGGAAAACCAGGAGGAGGAGGAGGAGGAGGAGGAAGACGAUGAUGUGGACAUGAAAAUGGAAGGGCAGAUGGACGAUACCGCAAAUGAGAUUGCCAGUUCCAAGGAGGCGAAUGACGAUGACACUCUGGACAGCAUGGCAACAGACACGGACAAAUUCAACGAUGAUAAUAAUAAUGAAGUACUGGCCGAUGACGAGGAUUUGCUCCUCCAACGAGCGAGCAGCGAUGAGCCGCUGCAUAAAUUCACACAGAUGGCAGAAGCCCAGCCCCAGCCCCAGGCACCUGGCCCCAUCAUGGGAACAAACAGCAGUAAUGAGGCAGCGGGAGGCAAAAGUGUCCGAUUUGUGCAACGGGAUGAUGGUGGGGGAGCCAGUGCCAGUGCCCGUGUCCAUGCCCCUGCCCCAUCCCCAUCCCAAGCCCGAGCUCGAGCCCCAGCUGGUCGCAGGAAGACACGUGCCAGCAAUCAGCACAAGAAGCACAAGCCGGCCAAGAGUGUGGCUCUGUCCACACUCCUCUGCGAGGGCUACAACAUUGAGCAGCGCAACUGCAACAGUUUCGAAUGCAGUGAUGACAUUAGCGAUCUGCUCAAGUUCUAUAAGAAGUUGCCGCUCAUGGAGGAGCUGCCCACGCAGGCCUCAGAGUCCGCAGCAGCAAUGGCCUCGGCGUUUCCGGAAACGCAGAUGCAGGAUCUGACUACCGCUCUCAUGGCAGGCACCCCAUCGUCGCCCGCCCCCUCUACACCCUACAACAUGGGCUACAUUCGAAGCUGGCGGAACAUACUUAACUUUACGCUGAUGAUCACGCUGAGGGCAAAGAACGACACCAAAAGUACGGCGACCAUCUUCUCCAUACGCAAUGCCACGCAUAAUCUGUAUCUGGAGGCGUGCAAGGACGGACUUCGCCUGUAUCUGGAGCGCGACAAUACAACGGAAAUGUUGCCGGUGAAAUUCAAUUUAUAUGAUUAUCGGUGGCAUCAAGUGGCCAUCAGCAUACAAAAUGGCGACUUUAUAUCGAUCUACGUGGACUGCGCGUGGACAAAUAGUUUUGUUGUCUCGAAACGACUGUACACACUGCCGAUAGACGCGGACGUGGAGAUUGGACGCGGCUUUACUGGAGAGCUGCAGCAGCUUCUGGUCAUGCCCGAGCACCAGGAGAGGCUUCAGUGCAGCAACAAGCGCACGUCCAUCAACGAGGUGAAGCGCUACAUCAUCGACACAUUCAUCGAGGACUACGGCGGCAAUUGAAGCGUGUACAUAUCCAGUGCCGCCGAAUGCAGAACAAUAACAGAAACAAGAACUCAAAUUGGAAAUGCACAAUAUACACACACAUAUGCAUUCUUAUACAUACAUACAUGUGUUGUGUACAGAUUAUAUGGGCGGGAAAUGGGAUAUCUAAGCCGAAACUCGAUUACACUUGUGGACUAAGCUAAUCAAAACUGCAUAGAUUUAUGACCUAGCAUUUCAUUUAAAUAUUUAUGUUGUAUGAAUAAGUGCAACCACAAAAGUAUCUAUAAAUACGCAUAUGGAUGUAGAUCACACAAACUGUGGUUUAUGCCUGCCAGCAGGGCUAAGCGCAUUCCCCGCUAGCAGUCGCCGUGGACCCCAAAGGCACACAGACCGGACAAGUAUACUGGACACUGGCAUUACCACUCGAAGAGCACGUUGCACGCAGCGGUGUUGUACCAAUUAAGUUAAUUUGACGGAAUACAAUAAAAGUAAUCGCUGGAAGUGUCCAAUUCCAGUGCGAGUGCAUGGAGAAGGAUCCACAAACAUACGAAAGGGUCAAAUGUAAAACCGACAAAGAU